GAAACAGCCCUUGGGGCUUGGGAAACGGAUGCAUAGUCCGGAGUUAGCGGGAAGGAGGUGGGGGUAAUGGAGGUACAGCGGGAGUGGGGGUGAAGCAGGUAUCCCAGGACAGAGACUCCACCGCUGUAGACCGUGGACAGAGGUUAAUUCCCGCCUGUGGGCGCCGGAGGACCCGGGUUUGGUUCCCAGUACCUGCACUCAGCGCUCGGGCCCUGGCAUUCGGCCCCGGAGACCCCGGGCUAGCCUCGGCUACUGGGCGAUAGCCGGGUCCUGGUCCUAGCAGUGGCGUAGUCCGGACUUACUAUAGUAGCAUGCCCACCCUCCUCCUGCUCCCGGGCCUUUGCACUGCGGUACAGGGAUGUGCGCAUGUACAGGCACCCGUGAGGCUGUCCAUCCCGCGCACACUCCUCCCGUCCAAUAAAUGUCAGCCGCGGAUGAACGCACGCGUCGUUUACUGAGAGGAUGGAGAGUGUACUGUCGGUGCUCAAUAACGGGGGGAGGGGGCCGCGGGGUCAGCGGGCCUCCGCCUGUUCUGUGCCUCAGUUUCCCCAGCUUGACACAGACGCCUCCGGCGUGUGCAGGGUCAGGCCUGGUACACACUUUGGGCUCCGUGUAGUGGCCUGUGCUGGGGUGGGGCCGUGCAAACCAAACGCAAGGGACUUCAGGCCGAAGCAGGGGAUUCUGGGUAAACUAGGGGGUGGCCCAAUCCGGGUGGCGGAUUAUUACACACCUGCUGUGUGUGGUAAGCAGGAAGUAUGGGUGCCCUGUUGGAAGAGACAUCCCCGAGGGGCUGGGAUGGGCAGCCUUCUCAAAUGAGAUGCGGCUUGGUGGGGUAAACUGAGGCACGCAGUAAGUGACCAAGGGCAGACGAGAUGCAGGACAGCCCCUCUCGCUAGCCACCUGCUGGGGGCACCUCCUGCUGUCUUCCUCUCCCUGCCUGGCCCGGUAUCCGUUGUUAGGAUACACCAGGCGCCAUCAGCCUCAGGGCCUUUGCACCUGCUGCUGCCCCGGAGAUGGCCGCACACCCUCGUCCCCACCUGCCGGCGCCCACCACCCCGUGUCCCCGCAGGUCCUUCCAGGAUGAGGCGCUGGAAGGCGGCGGCCCUGGUGUCGCUCGUCUGCAGCUCCCUGCUGUCGGUCUGGAUGUGCCAAGAGGGUCUGCUGCUGGGCCACCGCCUGGGACCUGCGCUUGCGCCGCUGCGACGCCCGCCACGCACCCCGGACUCGCGCCUCGCCCGCUUGGCGCAGUACCGAGCUCUGCUGCAGGGCGCCCCGGACGCGGUGGAGCUUCGAGAACUUUCCCCCUGGGCCGCGCGCGCCCCGGGUCCGCGCCGUCGAGCGGGUCCCCGGCGACGGCGUGCGCGUGCGCGGUCUGGCGCUCGCCCCUGCGGGCUGCGCGAGCUCGAGGUGCGCGUGAGCGAGUUGGGCCUGGGCUACACGUCGGACGAGACCGUGCUGUUCCGCUACUGCGCAGGCGCGUGCGAGGCGGCCCUGCGCAUCUACGACCUGGGCCUGCGGCGCCUGCGCCAGCGGAGGCGCGUGCGCAAGGAGCGGGUGCGCGCGCACCCGUGCUGCCGCCCGACGGCCUACGAGGACGAGGUCUCCUUCCUGGACGUGCACAGCCGCUACCACACGCUGCAAGAGCUGUCGGCGCGGGAGUGCGCGUGUGUGUGACGCUACCUCACGCCACAGCCCUGGGCGCCUGCCCGGGGGCCACGCCGACCCUCGCGAGAACUGAAUUCACAUAAAGUGUGGGAACUGCC